AUGCGCUGGUGCUUCUGCAAACAUUCUAUAACCACCGUAAACACAGUAAAUUGCAAAGUAGAAGAUUUGAAGAAAAAAGAAAUGGAAAUAAGCUUAAAAGAGUGUGAACUUAAAAACAAGGAGAGAUAUUUAGAAAAUAAAAUUGUAGAGCUCAAUAGGCUUACUGACUGUAAAGUGAAAAAACAGUUAGCAGCGGCUGUUAAGUUAGAUAAUGCACGUAAAUUGUUAUUAAACGCAGUUAAUAACAAGGAUAAAAAUGAAAAAAAUCAGAAAUGUAAGUGCUACAAGUCGCAUAAAAAAAGCAAGCGUGAAUUUAAAAAACCUACACAGAAAUUGAAAUCUGAAAAGGAAAAACAAGCUGUAGAUAUUGUACAUAAUUUCUUUGAUAAUUUUUUUAAAAUAGAUAGGGAUAUGGCUAAACUGUCGAAAAUAAAUACCGAAGAUUUCAUAACUAAAUUUAAAAGAAUACUUUUGAAACCUUAUACCUUUCCACCUUUCCUAUGUAAUACAUGUAGAUGUAGACCAGAAUUCAGGCACCAGCAGCGAAGGAAAUGGGACGUAGCCGCAGGCGACUGUUAUUUGAUGACGCUACGAAAAACUCCACAAUUAUGGAUCUAUCACCGAUGGCCUAGAUUAUAUCCGAAGUAUUUAAGCACUAGAGCACAAUGUAAAAAUGUAAAAUUUUUACUGACGCUUUUCCUGGGAUUCUUAUUUUGGAUACCGUGCUUUAUUUGUUUGGAAAUAUGCAAGUGUUGCCUUUGCUUUUGCUGCUCCGAUUGU